AUGGGUAAUGCUGAUAGCCAUGUUAAGCAGGAAUACGGUUACUUAUACAUUUAAACAAAUCAAUCGCAUUAUGAGCCUGGCCAGCAGGUUAUUGGAACUAUUUUUAUCAGAACUAUGAUGCCACUUGAAGUAUCAACGAUAAACAUUGAAGUCAAAGGAGUUGAGAAGGGUGGAUUUACAGUGACUAGGAGUAAUGGAAAAUCAACUCAUAGAGAAAGAAGAUGGUACACACAUAGACACAUUAAAUACGAUCAGCCCUGUUUCAAUUUUGCAGUCGAUACACUUUAACCUGGAGAUUAUGCUGUUCCAUUUUAAUUCAAUCUGCCUUUAGGUAUACCUGCUACAAUGUUCUUGAAUGAUCCCAAACAUAGAGAUCAUCCUAAGAUGAAGGUAAAGUACACUUUGAGAGCCAAUUUGAAAAACAAAGUGAAGAAGAAUCUCAUGUUCUUUAAGUAGAUCAUCAAAGUUGUAGAGCCAAUCAUUGAGUACAAACAAGAUUUGCAAAAUGUUAGCGAAAGAAAAGUCACAACAUGCUGCUGCAUCAAUCAAGGUAUUUCCAGAAUCGAAGCUCACUUUGAUCGAAAUAUCUUCUACGCCCAUGAAAACUGCAGAGCUGAAAUUAAGAUUGAUAACUCUAAGUGCAAUAUUAACAUAACAGAUUCAAGGCUUGCAAUCGAAUAGCAUAUCUAUAUAAAAGCUGGCUGGGAUGUGUUUAGAAAUGUCUAUACACUUGGUGAAAGAUAUGGAAAAGAGGUGAGAGCAAGAGAUGCUUAAAUAUCUAAUUAAGUGAUCGACUUGCCUCUGAGUACAAUAAGAUAUGAGGUUCAUGAGGAGAAGAAGAAAGAUGGUUCAAUGAAAAUUUAUUCUGAUUAAGAAAAAUUCCUUAUGGGAUAGCUGCAAGCUGCCUCUCAUGGCAAGUAACUAACAAAUGAGUAUUUUGUGGCUAUUAGAUGCAACUAUCAAGGGUGCACUUGCUGCAGAGAGUUACCUCAUAUCAAAGUACCAGUCGCAAUUCUUCCAACUGAAGUACCAGAUUUGAUGAGGUAAUAGACAGAAGUUGAGAGACCAGAUGACUACAACCCUAUAUAUUACAAAGCUUAUGAAUUCGAUCUCACAAACGAAGUGUGA